UCGAUAACAACGUAGCCAGAAAAAAAGCAAACACGUCACAACACUUUGGCCGCAGUCCGACGCGAAACUAAAGUAAAGGACAAAAUGGCCAAACAAGUGGCUGAUUACCAGUGCAGUAAGCUCCAGUUGUACCAAAAGCUGGCACUGGUCGUAAUCCUGGGAGCAGUGCUUUUCUCGCUCCCGGCGUUGUGCGCCGGCCAGGGCAAUCCCAGUUUCAAAUACUCGCGGGAAGCCAACGAAAACUUCGAUCCGCAGAAGGCUCCACGGGCGGAGCACCAUCAUCAUCAUGAUCAUGACCACGAUCAUGGACACCACCACCACGGGCACGAUCAUGAUCAUGACCACGACCACGGGCAUGAUCAUGGACACCAUCAUCACGGGCACGAUCAUGAUCAUGACCACGACCACGGACACCAUCAUCACGGGCACGAUGAAAGGCACACCAAGGCAAAGCCGGAUUUGGAUAUGAGCACCAUUUGGUUGCACUCGAUCGGCUCAACUCUUCUUAUCAGUGCCGCUCCCUUCGUGCUGCUGUAUAUCAUUCCCCUAGACAACAGUGAGGCGAUGAAGCCGCGUCUCAAAGUGCUUCUGGCCUUUGCUUCUGGCGGUUUGUUGGGUGAUGCCUUUCUGCACUUGAUUCCUCAUGCCACGCAUCCACACAGUCAUGGAGAACACGGCCACGAUCACGGCCAUGAUCACCAUCAUCAUCAUGAUGGCGAGGAGCAUGAACAUGGUCACAGCCACGAUAUGAGCAUUGGUCUGUGGGUCCUUGGAGGAAUCAUUGCCUUCCUUUCAGUGGAGAAACUGGUACGCAUUCUAAAGGGCGGUCAUGGAGGACACGGCCACAGCCAUGGAGCACCAAAGCCAAAACCAGUGCCUGCUAAGAAAAAGUCCUCUGACAAAGAAGACAGCGGAGAUGGAGACAAACCGGCAAAGCCAGCCAAGAUCAAGUCCAAGAAACCAGAAGCGGAGCCAGAAGGCGAAGUGGAGAUUUCCGGCUACUUGAAUUUGGCGGCGGACUUUGCUCACAACUUCACCGAUGGCCUGGCCAUCGGCGCCUCCUAUUUGGCGGGCAACAGCAUUGGCAUUGUGACCACUAUCACUAUUCUGCUGCACGAAGUGCCCCAUGAGAUUGGUGACUUUGCCAUUCUUAUAAAGUCUGGCUGUUCCAGGCGAAAGGCAAUGCUUCUGCAGCUCGUCACAGCGCUCGGAGCUUUGGCGGGCACAGCGCUAGCUCUUCUGGGAGCUGGAGGCGGGGACGGAUCGGCCCCAUGGGUCUUGCCCUUCACAGCCGGCGGUUUUAUUUACAUCGCAACAGUGAGUGUCCUGCCGGAGCUGCUUGAGGAGUCUACGAAACUGAAACAGUCGCUGAAGGAAAUCUUUGCGCUGCUAACCGGCGUAGCCCUAAUGAUCGUUAUCGCCAAGUUCGAGUAAUAUCAAAAUUGUGGAAAGUUAACACAAAAAAGAUCUAAUUGCAUGUACUGAAAGUGUGCCGCAAACAAUUUGAAAGAUUUCUGUUCGUUACCUACUCAAAACGAUGAGCAACUACUUAAAUUUCUUAUAUUUCAACAGUCAGUAACCGCUAUUAGUUCCCAAUAUAAACAAUGCGGCGUUAUUUAAGAUUUUUUAAGCCUUCCAAAUUUGUGCUUCACUUCGAAAUGAAAUUUUUAUAAAUAGUCAAAAUUACACUGUAAAAAG